AUGGAGGCCGUCACGAGACAGCACUUUUUCUUCCACGACCAGCCGCUCCGCGCCUUUCCCGCGCACAAGACCAUCCCCGUCACCAUCGUCAACGAGGUCGACCAGGCCGUCAUCCCGCCCAACUUCCGCUUCGUCGACCGCAUGGUCCUGCGCCGCGGCGUCGAGCCCGCUGAGGAUAGCUUCCGCAGCGGCUGCUCGUGCGAGUCCGACGACGCGUGCCAGUACACGGGCUGCCUGACGAAGAGAAAGGCGUACGCGUAUCACUCGCACGGGGCCAAGGCGGGCCUGCUGCGCUCCAAGAUGCUCAACUCCAAGGAGCCGCUGUACGAAUGCCAUGCCGGCUGCUCGUGCUCCAUGAGCUGCCCCAACCGGGUUGUCGAGCGAGGGCGAACCGUGCCGCUGCAGAUAUUCCGCACCCCCGAUAGGGGCUGGGGAGUACACGCCCAGGCGGCCAUCAAAAAGGGCCAGUUCGUCGACCGCUACUACGGCGAAAUCAUCACCUCGGCCGAGGCCGACCGCCGGCGCACCGCCGCCGCCUUCUCCCAGCGCAAGGACGUCUACCUCUUCGCCCUCGACAAGUUCACCGACCCGGACUCGCUGGACGCGCGCCUCCGGGGCCCGCCGCUCGAGGUCGACGGCGAGUUCCAGUCGGGCCCGACGCGCUUCAUCAACCACUCGUGCGAGCCCAACCUGCGCAUCUUUGCGCGCGUCGGCGACCACGCCGACAAGCACAUUCACGACCUGGCGCUCUUUGCCAUCAGGGACAUUCCCAGGGGGGAGGAGCUGACGUUUGAUUACGUCGACGGGGUGAUGACGGGGGACUUGGCCGGGAUGGAGGAGCAGGAGGCGCAUGGCGAGAUGGCCAAGUGUUUGUGCGGGAGCCGCAAGUGCAGGGGAUAUCUGUGGUGA